UUUUUCGCUGUGACAGUAGCAGCAUUUAUUUAUUAUUUUUUAAAUCAAUACAGUAUGAACGUUUUGGGCAUAGUCCUAAAGUGCGCACCAUUUCGUUCGUGAGCGAAUGGUACUUGCGCACAUGAAAUCAAAUUGAUUUAACAAGAUCGGGCAUGCCAAUUAAAACGUCGUCGCGCCGCGAUUCGCAAAACGCCUACUCUUGAAAUAUUUUUGUAUAGUUUCGCGUCGGCCGUUCGCUCUGGAUAAUAUAAGAAUGCGAAUUAGAUUGCAUUUGGUGCGCUUUAUGUACAUAAAUCUAAUACUUAGCUGCUGUUUCUGGCUGUACGACAUCGCUGCCGCGACAGAUGAGUUUUCAGUAAAUGCUGCAGCUGCGGGGAAGGCAAAUGCAGCUGCAGCUGGUGAGCAGAUGGCAGCGGUGCAAUCGCGGAUGCCCCUAGACCCUUUGGCAGCAGCAGGCAAUGAAAAAGGAGACAGCAAUGAAAAAGUGCCUAACUUGUUAAAUGAUUACAAAAUAAGUAAAGGAAUUGCAUCAGAAGAGGAGGCGCCUGCAACAUCGGCGACGGCAACAACAACAACACCUCAAGAGGUAGAUAACGUUGUGCUGGCGCCAAGAACUAGUGUAAAAACCACAACGACAACAACAAAUACAAAACCGGCCGAUUUAAAAGACACGUCAGUGAAUUUGAAUGUGUUGCCGUCGUCUAAUGUAAAUAUCAAUAAUAAUAAUAACAAUAAUGAACAUAUUAGUGUAGUGCCUGACAGUGAAAAAAAUAAUAAUGCCGAAAAUAAUGAAGCGACCGCUAAAGUGCCAAAAAAUCAGUUGAAUAACAAAAUUAAUCAUAAUAUUUAUACAACAAAAACUAAUGCAGAUGUAAAUCAAUUAGAGCAAUCACAGCAAUCUGAGUUUGUUGACGAUGCGAUGAUACCAAAGAAAGUUCCCCAACAGCAGCAACGACAACAACAAGAAAGCUUUUCUGAGAUCAUUACGGAGCUGCCGAGCGUCACGGUGACUGAGUUGCCACUGCAGCUGGAGCCUGUUAAGGAGAGUCUAGAUGCGAUUAUGCUGCAGGAGGCGCCUCCUAGAGCAAGUAACAAGAGCGUGAGGGAACAAGAGGAGCAGCCGUCAGUGGGUGUCAAGAAGGUGGCACAGAAAGAUGACAUCAACGAUCCAGGUGGAGGAAUUGAAUUAGAAGCCAUGUCAACGACUGAAUCAAACGCUACUGAGGAUGCCAAUGUGACCAGCAAUGGAGUCGCGUCGAGUUCCGAGUCGGAGGUCGCCGCAGGCAGCAAUGAGACAGUCGAGGAAGUGCCGAUGCCCGUCUUCUCGGAGUGGGCACAAAAGCAAAUGGAGGCGGAGGCGAGUCGGGAGCAGGCCAUGGAGCUGGAGCAGCAGGUUGUCAACAAUUCGGCGCAACGGAGAAAUGCAACUGGGAACGGGAAUGGCAAACUUCCAUCGUUGAAGCUGCGCGCCAAGAAUUAUGCCUCACCAGAUUGUGGCGCCAAAAUAAUUGCCUCGAAUGCGGAUGCCACAAAUACGGGAGCUGUGUUGAGUCACUCGAGUGAUGAAUACAUGCUCAGCACAUGUGGCAGUCGCAUUUGGUUCGUUGUCGAGCUCUGCGAGGCUGUCCAGGCCCAAAAAGUGGAGUUGGCCAACUUUGAGCUGUUCAGCUCGUCACCUAGGAACUUCACUGUUGCCGUUUCGAAGCGUUUUCCAACACGCGAUUGGAGCAAUGUGGGUCGCUUUGCGGCGGAGGACAAGAGAACGGUGCAGACCUUUGAGCUGCAUCCUCAUUUAUUUGGAAAAUUUGUUCGUGUCGAUAUACAUUCACACUACUCCAAGGAGCACUUUUGUCCAAUUUCGUUGUUUCGUGUCUUUGGUACCUCGGAGUUUGAGGCCUUUGAAACGGAGAUUCGUCACAGCGACGAAUUGGAUGACUUUGAUGAUGACUUUGCUGGACAGGAGCAGGCGCACAAGACUUCUCCGGGCAACAACAAUGCAGGCGGUGGCAACAUCUUUCAAAGCGCCUCCGAUGCCGUCAUGCAGAUGGUCAAGAAGGCCGCCCAGGUGCUGGUGAAGCCAACAAAAGCUCUACGCUGGUCCACAGACUCGAUACUCUGUCGGACUCCUGCCACCGGCAUCUACAGCUGCUCCAAGUGCAACAGCACCAUUGUGGAGCGCAUUAACAACCUGCUUUCUUGCCAAUCUCAGCAGCUGCAGUUGCUUCUCUCUCUGCCACAAUUGCGCCCCCACCUGCUGCAAACUCGUGUUUGUCAGACAGACUAUGACAUCAGUCUGGGUCUGGCGAGGAUGGGGCCACCGGCCACAAGCGGCAUGGACAAGCGGCAGAGCUUCUUUUUGAGCUUGUUGCCCGCGGAGCAUGUGGGCGCCAUGUGUAAGAUUUUACAAGCCGAGUUCACGAGUAUUGUGCAUCCAGUGGUGCCUCAAGAUCAGCAGCAGAAUCUCGACGUGGUUGAACAACACGUGGAGAAUGUAACCACACCAGAUCCCUCAGUGGAAGCAGCAGGCGAGGCUAUAGUUCAUCAAGUGCCCAACGAAUCUCUGCUGGAAAUCACAUCCAGCUUGGAAAAGCUAUCUCUGGAAACGUCUACAACGACGGAGAAUGCUGAAGCUGCAACCAGUGCGGAGACACAACCCACAGAUGCCUCCACGGUGGCGCCCACUCCGGCGGAUGUGAAUAUAUUUAAUGUACCAAGCGGCACACCGGAGGUGAUCACAUUAGGCACUCCUCUGGUCCCCGAGCCACCUGUGCACACACCUGCAACUCCCGUUGAGGCCACCGAUGUGGAGGUCAAUCUCAACACAAUGACAACUGAUACCAUCAAUGGGGAUUUACUUGGGAGUGGCAACGGAAUGGAUGAUAGUCAUCUGGCCAACUGGGACAACAUAGACAGUCUGCUGACCACCACGGUGGCAUCCAUAACAGCUGGCGGUGGUGCCGCGGCAGCCGCUGCAGCUGUCGUCAAUGGCAACUCGAAUUUGGGAGGCACCGCCAAUGCAGUAGCUGGAGGAGGAGGAGGCAUCAAUUUACAGCCAAAACUAACGCAUGGCGCACAAUCCGAGAGUGUUUUCAUCAGACUAUCGAAUCGCAUCAAGGCACUCGAACGUAAUAUGUCGCUGUCGGGACAAUAUCUAGAGGAACUCUCGCGUCGUUACAAGAAGCAAGUGGAGGAACUGCAGCAGACGCUUACGCAACAGACGCUAACGGUGCGCACCUUGGAGGAUCAGAGUCGUCGCUAUAUGGAACAGGAGCAGCUAUAUAUACAACAGAGUGCCGAGCUGGCUGGCGAGGUGCGUGCUCUCACCUACCAGGUGCAGGCCUGCAUCCUGGUCGUCAUCAUUGUGGGCACCUGCAUCUUUCUCAUGCUCGUCCUGGGCACUGUCUACUAUCGCAAGCUGCGCCGUCAGACACAGCAGCAGUUUCAUCCACAGCCGUCGCCAGGAUUAAACAAACAAAAUCUAAGUCGACGAAAAUCCUAUGAACAAUUUGUGGAGCAGUCACCGGGUGGAAAACGUCGACCCAGUGAAGAGGCCAUGCUCAUAAUGAAUGGCUCGGGAGAUAUAUCCGUGGUGGAACCAAGCCAAGUCACAAGUGCCGACAGCGGCAGACAGCGUAAAAUCUCCGUCUGCUAUGGCAGCAACAACAACAUUGCCGCCAGCAUGUUCAACUCAAGAGCAUCUCUGCACCGACGCAAAGGAUUGAAGCAGGCGAGCCUGGACUCCGCACAUGAACAGUUGGACAAGUUCUUCGAUGUCGAGACUCUGAAGAGCAGCAAGCUGCCGCCGAAGGUGCCCAAGAAGAAGUCGCAGUCUCAGCCGUUGCAGCAACAGGAGCUGAAGCGUCAGGAAUCCGCGCCAGCGAAUUUCACACAAGGCGGCCAAGUGGAGGAGAGUGCGCAGAGCGACUUUGACGAGAGUCUCAUACUUGACGACGAGGAUCUGUGCAAUUUUAUACCCAACACUGACUUGGCCUACAACGAAUUUAUGCCCGAUGGCCCGUCGGGCUACCAGAUUGUAGACGCAGUGGACGGCAAGACUGACAAGGCACAGACAGUAAAGAAAUCUCGUCGCGUUUCGUCGCCGGCGUUCUUCAAGUCACCAUUUAGCAGGAGCAAAAACAAGGGAGGCACCUUCAACGGCAUUGGCGGUGUCAAGGGCAGUCAUUCGGCCCAUGAGGCAACCUCCUGGGAAUGGUAUCGCCUCAAACGGAACGAGAAGCAAUCAAAGCAGUUGAUGGGACCAAGUGUGUCCGUCUCGACGAAUGCCAGUCUGGACAGCUCGUCACUGUCGGAAAUUAACUUUCCAUACAACACAUCGCAAAACUCUUUUCGAAUACUGGGAGAGGCGAUACUCUCCUCGGAAGAGAGUAGACACAAUGGCAAGAGCAGCGCUGCCAACGCCGGCAGCAGUAGCAGUAGUGGCGCCAGCACCACCUCAUCCACAACGAAGAAGAAGCAGCGUGCGUUUAACAAUAUUUUCCGCAAAGUCUUUUGAUUUCGUUCGUUUGCCCAGUGUGCUUAAUUUCAUAUAAGUAAUUGAUUAACUAAUUAGUUUCAUCAUUUCAUGCCAACGUUUAGGCCUUGGCAACUUGCCCGAUGUUGUCUUCAUAGUUAUAAAAACAAUUGUAAAAUUAAAGACUCCAAAAAUUGUAAAAACAACCGAGCUAAUUACCGUAUAAUUCGCUUAAUUGCACAUUAAUAUAUUGACAUAGAAAAUCUAGUUUUAUAAAUGCCAAUAAUUGGAACAUUUAAUGCGUCAAUUUUGAAUGUGCAAUUAGGCACACUAUACUAAAUGCCAGCUUCAUUUCGUUUCUCCCAAGAGUUCCUUAGCGUUGCAGCAAAAUGCAACAGACUGUCAAUUUAAAUAUACAGAACCUAUCUAUGCUUUUUUAGUUUAGUUAAUUCAUGUGCUCGCUGCUUGUAUCUAUGUAUAUAAACAAUUACUCUUUACUUUUACGCAAGGUAAAUAACAUUAACUUAAUAUUCCAAAACUUAUGUUCAAUUCUAAUGAUUUAGUUUGUAAGUAUAAUCGAUAAAGAAUACAAUUAAAAUGCCUUUGCCGCAUA